AUGUAUAAAAGAGACAUGCUUCUCACGAGACCCCUCACCACGUUCCUAUCGCGAAACACCUCCCCUCAACUUCCGACCCUCCUUCUAGUCUCUCCUGAUGGCAAGCUCCUUGCCAGCUCUUCCCCCCUUCCCGCCGCUGUUCUGCGAACACAGUCAACCGUAGCAUCUACACUAUGGAACCUCUACAGCCCUUUUCAGUCCUCCAACGACCUCAUAUCCUCCGCACUGCCACCAUCGAAAGCUCCACCACCAGCGAAACCCCCACGACCAUCGAAAGUCUCACCUGACUCAGAGUCAGACGACAAUCAUCUAGGCUCCAUAACCAUCCAACUGUCACACGGUAUCAUGGUCCUACGAGCUCUAUCCUGUGGUAUACUAUUCGUAGCGAUCGGUCCUGUUGCUACGCCUUCUGCCAGCGCGCAUUCAGUUAAUCCUAAUCCGCAUACACUCCUCACACCACUGGUCGCGUCGAAUACCACCUCUCCCCCAUCCUCGCCGCCACAGAAUAAUGAGGGGCAGCACGAGUCUAUCGAAAGAAAUGUAACGAGCUCGACGCACAUACCAAUUGAAAGCAAGGCACCUUCGAUCGCUGGCAGCGUUGGUAGCUCCGUCGUAGCUGGGAGAGCACAAGCUAGCAUAUUAGGCGUGAAGAGGCACGCAGAUGACGUCGGAGUAUGGCUCGAGAAACAACUCAGAGGAUUCGUCUUGGGUUCUGCGGAGUUUCGAUGA